AUGGAGCCUGCCUCCGAGCCUGACCGGCCACAGUGGCAGGCAGCACUCGUCCCGCUUACAGUGGGGACCGAAGUGGAGGUGAUCGACGGUCACAGACGUCAUCUCGUCGGUCGCCGAGGGAUUGUGCUCCCUACCUUGGAGUGUGACCGCAACACUACGCGGAAUGUGCGGAUCAUACAAGGCCCUCGGGAUGAACAACGUCGUAUUUUUACAAUCGACAAGGAGCACCUCGCUCCCCGACUGGGGUUGGAAGCCACACAAGCUUCCAUGUGUGAUGGAAUGGAGCCGAGUCUGAGGUGGAGAUGUGCUCCCCCACCAUUAACCAUUUACAGCGCCCGAUACCUCCUCGGCUAUCAGGCCCUGGAGACCAUGGUGCCUCCGGCGGCACCCAAACGGAAUCCAGCUGGCCACUAUAUCCAUCCCCCGGUGGACGAUGCUACGCUUGAGGCACCCUGGGAAAAACACGUUGACCAAGCUAGCGAUCGGCCCUACUACUAUCACCCGGGGACAAAGCAGGUGACCUGGCGCAAACCUCGGCCUGCCCUGGUUCUUCCGAGGGAAGAGGAGACUGGGCCCACCAAGCCCAGGCGAGGCAAGACUGCGAUACCACAACCUCGUACUCCUAGUCCGCCUCCUCCCAAGAGGAUGCGAAAGCAUCCCACCAGCGAUGCUCAGCAGAACACCACGAGCUCUACGACCCAGUCGUCAGCUUCUGCCACAGCUACAGGGACACCUACUACAGAGAGGAAGCCCGCUCCGGCCUUUGAUCCUCAAUCUUCUGGUGGCCCUUCUGAAUGGAACCUGGCCGAUCAUGCUUUACCUGCCUCUCCAGAUCGGGUACUGAUCUGGGGGACCAAGGCCAGGACACAGCUGCCCCAACCGCCGAGUGCUCCUGCUUGUACCCUGGAUGUGGAAAGGUUUCUGCAGAGCUUCUUCAGGACACGGCAAGGCCCCACUGGCACACCUCUUGCCACCCUACUUGGGGACCCAGUCCCGCAACCUGAUGGUUGGUGGAGGCUCCCGUGGACACCACUGGAUCCAUCGCACUGCGAGCUGCUGUGUCAGGAUGGCUGGCUAAGGGGCUGGCACGGAUGUAAGAUGGAGGCACUAUACUCCAUCAUCUACCAUGGCCAACUUCUCCCGAGCACUGACGAGUCGAAAGGCGACAGAUUCCUGGCAGGCUGUCCAGGGGUGUAUCUGCACCGCGACAGCCUGCAACACAAGGUGGAGAACUACAUGCGAUGGAUACCACUAUGUGGAGAUGGUCUCUUUUGGGCUGCCAAGUGGGAGGUGGUGUAUGCUCCCUCGGGGAGCAACAAACAUGGCAAGCGUACUGAUCAGGUUAUACAAAGUGCUGAGUCGGUGGAGCUGGUGGCCCUCUGGCUCUCAGUGCGCUCCGAGAACAUGCUGCCUGAGGGAACUGCUGUGCAGGCCACAUGGACGCCCGCCCGUGAGGCCAACCCUUGCCUCACAGAGUCCAAGCGACGAAGCAGUGCUUUGAUACAGGCUGUGGACUUCGCGGCACUUUCUGCCUCCUCCAGACCUUUGCCCAGCUCCAGUUCGCGGUCUGACCCGGCGAUCGACGACAAAGGCCGACUCAAGCCGACACCCAAAGCACGUGGUCGCCUGCCACACAUCCCUUCUGAACUAGAGAAGGACUGCACACCUGCACAAGCGAAGCUCACCAUACAGGCAGGAGAUCUCGUCCUUCGAUCGGCUACAGCACAUAGCUCGGAGACUCCCAAUGCUCCGACCACGGUUUCGGCUGCUACCUUGGCCGACCCAUCAGAUCCACCUCAACGAGGACCCAAACGGGUUCGAUCUGAUGCUUCCUCUCCGAAACCAAGGAGGAUGCAGACACGGCCCAAGCCGAGACGAUCGAUUUGGUUUGAUGUCACGGACAAUCCGGCUGAUCAACCACUUACGACCUCCUCCACUGCAGCCAAAGGCCGUGGCACUGGGAUGACCAAAGCUGCGAGGCACCAAGAACGUGUCCGCAAGAAGAUGGCCAAGAAAAUGGAAGAAAUCUUCCAGGCCAAUAGAGGGUGGCCAGACGCUUUCCUGACUGACAGACCUGAACAUUGCCUGGUGUCUGUCUUCGCCAUUGGGCGCAGGCCAGUGGAUCGAGCAGACAUCACCUCGAGAUAUGUUCCUGUCCAAUUUGUGCAGGACAUCCCGGGCACGUGGCUGGCCUAUCGUCUGGCGGUCUUGCCCUCCGUCGACUACGCAUUGCCCCAGCCAGACCCCGGGCACGACGCCGUACCCCAGGCAAUGCCCUCGCCCCAUCCUGCUACCGUCCAUUCAAAUGCGUACACAUUUGCCAGGAAGAGAUCCUACAAACGUGCCCUACGUCGUGCUGCACAGGACGAGGCUGAGCGUCGCAUGCAGCAGGCCGCUCUGAAAGUCUCCCAGGGACAGCAUCGACUGGCACUAUGGCAAACACCGCCUAUGCAGGAUGGUAUUCGCUCCAUGUGGCAGGCCUACCGAGUCUGGAAGACAGCCAAAGCUCAAGCUCAGCAUAAUCCGCUCUAUGUUUCCAGGUGCUACCAUCACUUCAAGACGGCACACAAGGCCUUUCGUCGUGCCGGGAAAGAAGCCAAAAAGCACUGGUUCCAUGGCAGGCUACAGGAACUCCAGACUGCUGCCAGUUCAGGCGACUCUCGCAAGCUAUAUGCUGGCAUUCGUACCUUAGCUCCCAAAUCCUCCAAGCCGAAGGUUCAACUGCGAGAUUCUGGCGGACACCUGCAGGAUCCCAAGACCCAGCUAAAACAGCUGGAAACGCACUAUCGCAAAUUGUAUGCUGCGGACGAGGAUGGCAGCAUACAGGGCCCCCAGCGACAGCCCAUUCACAUUGAAGUCACGGAGGCCGAAAUGACCCUGGCUGACCUCGGACCUUGUUGCGCCUCUCUUGUGCCAAUGGUGCCGGCAAUGGCCUCAAAUACCAGAGCUUUGGAGAAGCGCAUGGUUGCGAAAUUGCGCCCCUACGCCGAGAGAUUCCUUGCAGACCAGGCACAAUUUGCAUAUCUGCCGGGUGCACAACUAUCGCUGGACCUGUCCAGUGCUUUUGACCUCAUGGACUGGCGCCUGCUGGACAAGGCUUUACUAGCGUCCGAUGUUCCGGCUGAGCUCAGACACCAAAUCAUGUCCUGGCACUCUGAAAUCUCCUAUGUCCUUACUCACCUUGGGCACACUGCCAAGGUGGAGGCCCAAAGAGGACUUAGACAAGGGUGUAAACUGGCUCCGUUGCUCUGGACACUCGCCCUAGCACAGAUAUAUCGUGAGAUCCUUGCUGAGGGGGACCCGCUUCUCACAGCACCUUGGCUAGAGCAAUGCUCCACGAUUUAUGCUGAUGAUAUACACCUCAAGGAUACUGUGCAGAACACUCGUGAGCUGGACGACAUGGUGUAUCGCUUUAGUAAGAUCCUCGAUGCCCUUGCGGCCCAUGGUAUGGUCAUCAACUCGGCCAAAUCAGCAUUGCUACUGAGACAUAAGGGCAGUUUCAUCCGAGGCUGGCUGCGCCGACACCUCAUACCCAAACCCGAGGGGGACCUCCUACGUUUUCGCAGUCCACGGGGAACAGUGUAUGAAAUUCCAUUGCGUGACCAUCACACGUACUUAGGCAUACGCAUCUCCUACCACUCACAGGCCAAACAAGCAGUCACCUAUCGGCUGCAGGCUGCGAACCAGGCCUGGCAAAGACUCCGUGGUGUACUGUGCUCCACCAGGCAUCUCGCUCAGACGCAUCGUCUCAGUCUAUGGAAAUCCACAGUGCUUCCCACGCUGCUCUAUGGCAUCGCAGCAUCCAACCCAGGUGCCAAGGACAUCCAGCGAAUGCAGCACAUGAUGACCAAGCAGGUUCGAGCCAUCACACGAUCCUUUGCACAUCUUCAGAAAGAAUCCACACAGGACCUUCUACACAGAUGCUCUUUGUCCACCAUUUUGGAGCACCUACAGAGGGAAGCCGCUGCCUUGCAUCGUAGCCUGACCCGCCUGAGCACUGAAACGAGCUUCGUGACCCAAGCCCAGGUGGAAUCAGCUCGAGACACUGCCGCUACACUUCACCUCCAGGUGCAACGCCAAUGGCAGGUCCCUCUUGGGGACACAGAAGGCAUCACAGAUCCUGCUGUACAUCAGUGUAUGCACAUGGAACAGAAGGACUUCCAACGUGCAGACACUGUGCCCAUCCCUUUCGACAAUGGGUGGACUGACCUCCUUGUGAAACCGGAGACCUACUCGUAUCUCCAGCACCACUGCCCGCUGUGUUACCAGUGGCUAGCCACCCCUACCAGCAUCAAGUAUCAUCUCACCAUGCAACAUCCAGAGUGGAAAGAAUGCCAACCUUGCACCAUGACACUCUGCGCGGAUCCCAUGGAGCUGGACGAACAGGAGACGCAAUUUUGGGCCCAUGCCGGUCCGGUCAAACGGGACCGGAACAAAGGCAAGGGCAAGGGUACCAAGGGCAAAGGCAAGGGAAAGCAGGGCCUACCAAGUCCAUCCAGUGCCAACCAGGACCUGCAGCCACUGGGAAAUCACGAUCCAGACUGGAUGGAGUACAGGAUGAAUCGACUAUCCCAGCUGGUCCUUCGUCAGGAGCAAAUCAUCUCAGCCAUCCGUCAGGAUCUGGUCCUCUACCUCUUUGUACGAUCAGGGCCAGAAGGGAUGGUACCGGUUCUCUGCGAAGCAGCGGAGAAGUGGAGGAAGAUGAAAGAGGAAGAACCCGAGAAGAUUACUUACUCCCUCAAACUCAUGCUCUUCAAGCAGCUGCUCAUCACCUUACACCAGAGGUUGACCAACAUGAUUGCGGACGAGGAUGCUCUCGCCAAAGCCAAGAACCUGAACUGGAUCGACGAUCAGAAACAUUGGAAACAUCUUACAUGGAAUCCUACCAAACAAUGUCUGGAAGUCGACAACUCGGUGAGGCCAAUACCGGCGGAAGAUCUGUUGGCCCAACUGGUUCAGAUGAGGAAGGCUGUUACGGAAGAGACCCUGGUGAGGUUCAAGUCCAUGAGGAAGCUCACCACGGAGGUGACCUCCGACUGGAUUCAAUUCCAGAUCUGCAUGUCCCUUCGCCCAGAGGGAGGAGCCAUGUGGAGCACGCUGAACCAGUGGAUCGGACAAGCAUCGUGGCACACCCUGGGCUGCAGGCUUCGCCGCGAUCGGCCGAACUACGACACCCUGGUCCAGGAAGUGUGGCAACAUCAGUACUCCACUCGGUACCGUGGCUUAUGCUGCUGCAAGCUUGGCCUUCUGUGCAUCGUCAGCACGAUGCAGCUGAACUGCUACAAUACCUUCUACCCAGGUCCAAGUCUGGAGCUCCAAGCAGCCAUUGAUGGGUGGAGUGCUCAGGUUACAGCCCGCUAUGCACUGCUGAAUCCGACCGGCAGUGCCACGCCGGUGAUGAAGAAACCCGCCGCCACAAGACCCGCCGCGUGCACGGAAAUCGUCCCCUACAAGAAGCCCAAAUCCGAAUUGGAUGAGGAUGAGGAGGAAAGGGAGGAAGAACAGGAAGUGGAGGAGGAAGAUGAAAAGGAGCCACGUGACAAUGAAGAGGAUGACGCUGAAGAGGAGCAGGAGGAUGAAAAGGAGAAGGAAGGAACGACGAAAAAGAAGAACCCCAAGCUUAGCAAAGAGGCUUUGGAGAACCACCAGCAAUUUCUGAAGGAAUGUGCGAAGAAGCAAUUGACCGUUGACCAAGUCGACGAAGCAAUGAAGAAAGUCAGCAACAAGACACAAAUGAGUUUGUGGAAGGCCUUCGAGAACAGUAGGAUUGCAGAAGGCCAGCAGGAUGAGUUCCUCAAAGCCUGUGGAUCGGUGGGCUGCACGAAGAAAAAAAGGAAGAUGUUGAGCUCGUGGAUUUUGGAUGGAGGGAAGUUCACGAAGCACUACAAACAAGCAAUUCAGAACUAUAGCACCGGAGCACCUAGGACGGAAGCGGAACGCCGCAUAGGCGCUGAUGAACUCAAGGAUCGGGUGCAGAGAAAGACGAUUGUGUGGCGCCGCAAUCCAGAAGACCAGAAAUAUUUCCAAUUCAGGUUUGCGAAGGAGUCCGACGAGCUCUGGACGGAGAAGUCCCAGCAGAGGAUAGGAAUGAAAGAGAGGGUCAUGGUGGAGGAUUUCGACUUCGAGGACGGGUCCCCGGAUGAGGCGGAGGAGGAGGUUUCGAGCGCCACUACGAAGAUGCAGCUGGAGAAGAAGAUCAUCAUGUUCAAGACCGAGCUUGGGAAGGAGAUCGGGAACCUGGAGAACAGCCUGCUUCAGAUCAAGGAGUCAACCGUGGAUGGGAAGACCAAGAAGGAGCUUUUCAAGAUUGUCAAAGAGGAAUCCAAGACUUGCUUGGAGAAGUUCAAAGGAUCAGCGAAGAUGAAAGCCGAGGAUGUAGGAUCUGCCUUGCAAGAUGCAGUGGCUGCACUAGGACUUGCCAAGCAGGCGAAAUCGCAGGCCAGAAAGAAGGUCUAG